CGUUUCGACCGUAAAGUAGUUAUUUUUUUUUUGGGAACUUAAAUCGGGAAAUACGAAGAUAGACAAGAAUAAAAAGUGUGAAAAUGUCAAAAAAGGGAAGGUAUUUAGUAGAGUUGGCUAUGGAAUCUAAAAUAGAGACUUUUAAUGAUAACCAAAGUGCUUAUGGGAAUACCAAUAAUGGUAUCGAAAAAUAUGGUUAUGCGACAGAUCGAAAAAUGAUUCCUGUGGAAAUGCGACAGUCCAAUGAAAUUCUUGAUAAAAUUACGACCAAUGAAACAAAUUGUGAAAAACCAGUUUCACCAAAAGUUUUCACAGAGUUACAACCAUUUUGUGAAGGUAAUACGACAGAUCGAAAAAUGAUCACUGUAGAAAUGCGACAUUCCAAUGAAAUUAUUGAUGAAAAUGCGACCAAUGAAACAAAUAGUAAAAAACCAGUUUCACCAAAAGUUUUCACAGAGUUACAACCAUUUUGUGAAGAGUAUCUGGAAGAUAGCCCUGUUGAUGAUUCCGAUGUGGAUCCAGAAUAUAAACCAUCAGAUGAAAAGCAAAAGAAUACCAAAAAGUUGACAUUUCUAGCCCGAAAAAGAAAAAUUUCAAAUAAUGAAAGGGAUUAUAAAUUAAUUGAGGAUGAAGAUGAGAAUAAAAAAAAAUCGGUAGUUACACAGGUAAAAAAAAAAACAAGAAUUAGAACUGAAUCAGAAAAAAGGAAAAGGAAUUUGCAAAAAUAUCAGUUACUUUCAGAAUGUAACUGCAAGAAAAGAUGCUUUGAUUUUUUUUCUAAUGAUGAGCGAAAGAGCAUUUGCGAGUCGCUUUGGCGAUUAAACUUUGGAGAAAGACGACAAUAUUUAAAUGCCUGCGUAAAAAAGAAUAUUAUUCAACAAAGGCGGACAGGCAGUAAUAAUAAAAGACAGUGGUCUCUUACCUACAGUAUGAUAAAAGUUAACGAAGGCACCGAAAAAAAUGUUUGUAAAACUAUGCUUUUACAUACCCAUGGACUUAAAACAGAUGGUAUGAUUACAGAACUUAAGCGUCACCAAAAUAAAUCUAAAGGAUUACAAAUUGCCAAAGACGGGAGAGGAAAGGGAACUCCGCCCAAUAAGAAAGAUGGCUUAAUAUUUAAAGAUCACAUUAAUUCAUUUAACCCACAAGUAUCCUAUUAUAAACUUGUGCAUGCUCCAAACAGGGAUACCUUCAGAUAUAAGUAUAACAGAUAUGUAGAAAGAUUUCUGUGA